AUGGAAAAUACAAACGUAGGAGCAGUAGAAGAUUUGAAUGAUUCUAAUACAAGUAAUUCGGAAACUCACACUGUACAUGAAGAAAUUGAUAAUAAUGAUAGCGAUCAAUCAUUAUCAUCAUUAUCAAUUUCUGAUCAGAGUGACGAGUAUAAUAAUGAUAAUACAAGUGAUGAAGAAAUCGAUGAAAUAUGCAAACUACGAUCGUGGGCUAUUGAAUGCAGGAUUCCAUUCGUACAUAUGGAUAAAUUGCUCAAAAUCCUUCAACCAAGACUUUUGCCUACAUUACCAAGAUCAUCGACAACGUUUUUUAAAAGCAAUACUUCAUAUUAUGAAAUACAAAAAAUGGAAGACUACGAUAACAUUACAAAUGGAGAAUAUUCGUAUUUUGGUAUCAAACAAGGAUUGCAAUUUUGCAUCAAUUCGGAAAUCCAUUCUAACAAUAGUACUAUGGAAUUACAAGUUAAUAUUGAUGGAAUGAAAUUAUUUAAAUCGAGUACAAAAUCUAUGUGGCCUAUUCUAAUUAAAAUACAUUUCAAGCCGGAUAUUUAUAAGCCUUUCGUAGCUGCUGCUUAUGUGGGAAAUAGCAAACCAAAAUCAGUCAAUUUGUUUUUGAAGGAUUUCAUUGCUGAGGUCAAUAUCCUGCAAAAUAGAGGCAUAGUUAUUAAUAACAAAUAUUAUAAUAUAAAUAUAAAGUGUUUUAUCUGUGACACCGGUCACAACGCAAAAUAUGGUUGCGAACGAUGUCUGGUAGAACGUCAUACUCAUCAUAAAAUUGCCACAUAUUUAGAUAUUAAUUCUUCUAAAAGAACCGAUGAAAGUUUCCGAAAUUUUUCACAUGUAGAACAUCCAUACAGCAGCAUCACCUUUAAUAUACAUACAGCCGUCAGUGAACAUGGUCAAUGA